CAGUCUCCCCUCUCUGUGCCAAAGCGCACCCCGGCUCUCACGCAGCGCCGCGCCGUGCUCCAUGCGCCUGUUUCCGUGUUGCUCCUGCUGGCGUUCGCCUUGGUGGAGGAGCGGGCGAACCGGUCGGGCUGGUAGUCUUUCUCGGGAUAGCGUCAUGUUUCGGUGUACUUGGCCGGCCCAUAGCGCGCUACCGGAGCCAAACCGAUCCCGAUGACGAUGGAGGGCUGCUGCCGCUCGUGCAUGCCAUGUUGCCGCCGACUCUGGGACUGGAUAUGGCCCGAAUUCCGCUACCCCAACGUGCCCAACAACAACAGCAACGGCGCUACGGUCCUCGAGAAUCCCGGCGCGGCGGAGAUACGCACCAUCUCCGGGGACCUGCGCGUGCCUGCCCCGGUGCCCAUUCCGUCCCCGCAGAAGAAGCCCGCGCAGCUGUAUCAGGCGCUGUACGACUUCGAGGCGCGGAGCAACGACGAGCUCUCCGUGCGCGGCGGGGACAAGCUGUCGGUGAUUGAGAAGCGCGGGGAGUACGUGCUGGCCAAGAAGCUGACGGGGAGCCUGGAGUCCGGACUCAUCCCCGCGAACUAUGUGGCUCUGCUGCAGGACGAGUUCGCCAAGCACAAGUGGUACUAUGGGAACAUAAACAGAGUGAAAGCUGAGAAGCUGCUCCUGGCAUCCCAAAACAAAGAUGGCUCCUUUCUGGUGCGCAUCAGUGAGAGCCACAGCAAUGAGUACACGAUAUCAGUGCGCAGUGAGGGGAAGGUGUUUCACUUCCGGAUCCAGCGCUCGGUGAUCGGGGCUUACCUGGUCUCAGAGAAGAUCUCCUUUGCCACUCUGGGAGAGCUCAUCUCGUACUACCAGAAGAACCCGCGGAGCCUGGGCGUACUGCUGCAGGAUCCCUGUGUCCAGCAGAGAGAGCUGUUCGACAUGGAGCCCUGGGAGCGGCCCCGGGAAGAGUUUAAGCUGUAUAAGAAGCUGGGGGAGGGGCACUUCGGACAGGUGUGGGAGGCUCUGUGGACCACACACAACAACAAGAAGGUGGCCAUCAAGACUCUCAAACAAGAGGACACAAAACAGGAUGAGUUUGUGAAGGAGGUGACGGCGCUGAAGAACCUGCACCACCCCAAACUGAUCCAGCUGUUAGCCAUGUGCUCCAGAGGAGAGCCUGUUUACAUCGUCACCGAACUCAUGAGCAAGGGCAGCCUCAAGUCCUACCUCGACUCUCCGGAGGGCCAGGUGCUCACCUCAGCCCACCUCAUCUACAUGGGCAGUCAGGUGGCAGAGGGCAUGGCGUACCUGGAGGACCGCAGCAUCGUGCACAGAGACCUGGCCGCUCGUAACAUCCUGGUGGGGGAGGAUCUGGUCUGCAAGGUGGCCGACUUUGGACUGGCUCGCAUCAUUAAGGACAGUGUGUAUACAGCUAGUCGUAGCACUAAGAUCCCGGUGCGCUGGACCGCUCCUGAGGCCGCGCUGCAUCAGAGGUUUUCAGUUAAGUCCGACGUUUGGUCCUUCGGGGUCCUGCUCUAUGAGAUGAUGUCCCGAGGAAAGACGCCAUAUGAAGGUAAGAGUAACAAGGAGGUCCUGGACAUGCUAAGUUCCGGAUACCGCCUCUCUUGCCCCACCCGCUGCCCCCCAAACAUCUACCGCAUCAUGCUGGACUGCUGGGCCUUCGAACCCUCCAAGAGACCCUCCUUCCACGCCCUGCACAGCCAGCUCGACAGCAUCUACGCCAAAAUCUACUUCAAAACCAUCGAAGUAUAGCAUCAGGAGACCCACAGCGGACUAGCAAGGAGCUCCUGUGCUUCUUAUGCCAAAGGAGGAGAGAAAACAGACGUCCACUGCAAACCACUAAGCUGUGAUCAUAGCAUAGCGCUGAAGUGGGGGGAAUGCCCGGUAUGUAAUGGCAUUUCGUACAGAGAUUAGGAUGCAGAGAUGUUCAAGCCCCUUUCAAACUUUACUUUAAAAUCUUUAGAUACUAAGGGUUGUUGGGUAGCAGAUUUCAACUGCUGGUAUUUAUAAACCUGCUUAUAAUUUCAGGAAAAAAUAUAGCAUUUUUCUGACAACAGUUCCAUUUUCAGUUAGAUGUGCUCUAAAUGAGUUUAUUUGCAAAAACAGAUAAUUGCCUUACGGGAAAAAAAAGACUUACAAUUUAUACAUUUUGUUUAGCAGUGGUUUCAAAAGCCAAGUCUGUUUUUAUUGAAUUUCAAAUAUUAUUCCAUUCCCAUUUUUUUCAAAUUGAGAUAUCUAACUCCUUAAAACAACAUACAUUUGAACAUUGAACUAUACAUCACAUGUUAUAAACAGGACAGUUUCAAAGUGCUGCACAGACAGAUAAAGACCAUGAAAGACAGCAAAUAGUAAAUAAAACAAUACAUAAAAGCACUAAAAUGUGUAAAGCUAAAAAAUAAUAAAAGAC